ACCACUUUCUCUCUCUUUCCCUUUUUCACAGCCAUUUGUUAGAUUCCUCUCUCUCUCUCUCUCUCUCUCUCUCUCUCUCUCUCUCUCUCUCUCUCUUUUAUAUUGGAUUGUAUUAGACUGAUUUGCUCAAUGAACCGAAAGGAAAAAAAAAAUCUCUGAAUUUUUCUCUUCCGUUGUUUCGGUUUCUAAAUUUUCUGGGUUGUUCUUAUUUUCCUCGGACUUUUACUUUCUUGAAUUUUCUCAGAAGAAGUUUUUUUUCACUCUUGUUUGUGGGGUUUUUAUUAUUGGCUUCUAUUAGUUUUUCUGCAGGAAAAAAAACCUUUUCUGGGUUUUUCUUCGCAGAGAAGCUUCUCAAUAUCCAGUUUUUGUAUAGCUCAAUAAUAUACAAAACCAAUAAUCAUAAACUCAGUUUCUCAGAGUCUCUUAUUCUUGUGAAAUUAUAUAUAUUAAUUUUUGAAAAAAGAGGGAAAAGGAAAAGAUGGGAAAGCAAGGGCCUUGCUAUCACUGUGGAGUUACAAGUACACCACUAUGGCGAAACGGGCCACCAGAGAAGCCGGUACUGUGCAAUGCGUGUGGUUCGAGAUGGAGAACGAAGGGAACAUUAGUAAACUACACACCGCUUCAUGCUCGUGCUGAAGGUGAUGAGAUUGAGAUUGAGGAUCACAGAGCUCAAAGGAUAAUGAUCAAGGGAAUGUCUGUGAACAAAAAGAUUCCAAAGAGGAAAUUAUAUCAAGAAAAUUUCACUAUUAAAAGAGCUAACUUGGAAUUCAACAACGGUUUCAAGAUGAAGGCUUUAGAAGAAGAAGCUAGCAAUAGAUCGAGUUCAGGAUCGGUUGUAUCGAACUCCGAGAGCUGUGAUCAAUCUAAUGCGUGGGAAACGACUUUUCCUUGCAAGAGGAGGACAUGCGUGGGGCGUCCAAAGGCGGCUUCUUCUGUUGAGAAGCUCACAAAGGAUCUCUACAGUAUUCUACAAGAACAACAAUCUUCUUGUCUCUCUGGUUCUUCUGAGGAAGAUUUGCUUUUUGAGAACGAAUCACCAAUGGUGAUAGGACAUGGGAGUGUUCUUAUGAGAGAUCCUCACUCUCGAGAAGAGGAAUCUGAAGCUAGCUCACUCUUGGCUGAGAGCAGCAAGUCCUCAUCAAUGCAUUCUGUUAAAUUUGGUGGAAAAGCUAUAAAGCAGGAGCUGUUCAAGAGGACCAAAUCUCAAGCCUUGGGAAGACAUAGUUUAUCACUCUGUAACAUAGAUUUGAAGGAUGUUUUCAACUUUGAUGAGUUCAUGGAAAAAUUCACAGAGGAAGAACAGCAAAAACUGAUGAAAUUACUUCCUCAAGUUGACUCUGUUGAUCUUCCUGAUAGCCUCAGAAGCAUGUUUGAGAGUUCUCAAUUCCAAGAGAACUUCUCCUUGUUUCAGCGACUUGUGGCAGAUGGUGUUUUUGAGACAUCUUCAUCUUCAUCUUCUUCCUCUAGAUCAAAACUUGAAGACAUCAAGACACUUGCAAAGCUUGCUCUAUCCGAUCCUAACAAAUCACAUUUGUUGGAAAGCUAUGACCUGCUCAAGGAACAGAGAAAAGGGAUUGAAGACUCUGUUACUGCAACAUCAAGGGUCUCAAACCCGAAUCUAUCGAAUAAUCAUAGUCUUGUUACCAUUGAAAGACCUUGUGAAAGCUUAAACCAAAACUUCUCAGAGAAAAGGGUUGUGAUGAGGAGCCCCAAAGACGUGAUGAAGAUUAGAUCAAACCUCAUGGAAACCGAAGAGUUUUUAGAGAACAGUGUCUCUUCCUUUAACCCUAUGAGCAAAGCUUGCUCUAUGAUGUUUAGCUAUGAAGAGAACGAUAUUUCUGACCAAGAUCUUCUUCUUGAUGUUCCGCCGAAUGGAUCAUUCCCUCAAGCAGAGCUUCUUCACAUGAUAUGAUAUAGAAGAAAAAGUUUCUCAAACUCAUUGGUGUUUCUCAAAACAAAGGCUUAAAAAAGACUGACUUUAUAAAGAUAUCUCUCUAUCUCUAAUGAUUGAAGAGAAAACUCUUUUACAAUUUAGGCUCUUCUGAGAAAAUGAGGUCAAAUGAGAUUAGGAAUUGCAGUCUUGCAGAUAUAAAAAAAGAAGAAGGAUUUUUAUGUAUGAGCUCUUUUUGGUGAUCAUAUAUAUAUAUAUAUAUAUAUACAUAUACUGUCUUUUUGUUCUUGUUAAACUCGAA